AGAGAGAAGAAGAAGAAGAAGAAGAAGAAGGGGGAGGGGGAGAGGGAGAUGACACCAAAAAAGCUCAUCUUCCUCCUCCUGAUCAUAUUCUCAACAAUCUCCUUCAUCAGGCUCCUAAUUCUCACAAGCAUCACCUCAGAUCCAAUCCCCACACCCCCCCCUCCCCCUCCCCUCUCCUCCCGAAAUCACCUCCGCUCCUCGAAUCCCCAAACUCCCAAACCCCCACCCCCCACCCCCCCUUCUUCAGAUUCAGACCCCUUCUCCCCCAAAGAGCUCCUCCUCCUCCAAACCCUCAUCUCCACCAGAUCCCCCCGCAACAUCCUCUUCUUCGGAAUCACCCCCCAGUUGCUCGAUCUCGCCAUGUCGAACGCCGCAGGACACACCAUCAUCUUCCUCGUCAACGAAGAAUUCGAAGAAUUCGACAGAGUUCGCGCCCGAGGGAUCGAGGGAAUCGGAAUCUACUACAUCGAAUGUGAAGUGAUGGCAAAACAAGCAUACGAGUUGCUCGAGUAUGCGAGAGUGACUCCGGCUUGUCGGCCGAACGACGGGCCGACGUACGAAUCGAGAUGCCGGCUGGCACUGCGGGGAUUGCCGGAGAUUGUGAAUAAGGUGCGGUGGGAUGUGGUUGUGGUCGACGGGCCGGGCCGCGGCGGGGGGCCGGAGGAGCCGGGACGGAUGGCCGCGAUCUACACGGCUGCGUUGCUCGCGAGGGCGGGGAAUUCGACCGAUGUCCUGGUGCAUAACGUCGAUCGCACGAUCGAGAAGUGGUACUCGUGGGAGUUCUUGUGCAGUGAGAAUUUGAUCUCUUCGAAAGGGCGGCUUUGGCAUUUCAGGAUCAGAGGAAGAUCCAAUUCCGGCAGAUUUUGCAGCUGAGCCUGCUUUCGCGAUUCAGUAGGUGAAGAAUUCGCUCUCUCUUUCUCGAGUUUUCGGAUUCAAUUUGAGUAGGAAUUAUGAAGAAAUUGGAAACAGAUGCAAUUCUAUUGAGUGAUGUGGGGAAAAAAAAAGCUGGAUUUUUCGAAUCUAUUUCAUGUUCUAUGCUACUGAAAAAUCCGGUCGAAACAGAAGCUCUUCUGUAAAGUUUUCAGACAAAAAGUGAAUCACGAAUUUAUACUUGUUUGUGCAUCUGCAUUGUAAUCUUUGUGCGCAUUAUCAUGUAGAAUAGUUCUAUUUUUUCAUUCAUUUAGUGAAUAGAUGAUUGGAUUGUUUUAUUUGUAGCUGUAAAAUGUUCAAUUUGAGGUUGAUCAAUGGACAGUGAUAAUAAGCUCAAGUACCACUUAUAA